CGAUUUUCAGAUCUACACCCCUCCGAUGACGCAUUCCUAAUUUUCAACGUUGAACAUUUUUAGCGAACUGUGUAGAUGCUGAAAACAGCCGACGCAUUUUAUCAUUGUAAAAACAACAGACCUGAACUAAGCAGGUGAGAAUGGCGGUGAAUCAAAGGAUCUUUAACUCGACCAGACCAUUCUCAGGGUCACCCCAAAUAGAGCUGAAGGGGUCUUACCCAAGCCGCCCCAGCCCAGAAGACAGGACGAGUGACGAGGAGGGGAAGGAGAGCGAAGGGGACUUCAUGGCUUGUUUAAAACCCAGACUAAUUCAAGUCCUAACACAGGGCACAGCAGAACAAGUGGGUGAAGCAGGUCCACUGAACUAUCAAAAGAACUCGUUCAUAGCCCAGGCUGAAUGUGAAACCCAAGACUCCCAGCAGUUCAGCCCUUCCUGCUCCGAACGCUCCUAUGUCGGGUCCCCCAACUGCUUAAUCAACCGGGACUCAUCAGAGCACAACAAUGUGGCGUGUUCCACCGCAGCCUCCAACCAGGACGAACCAGGCUCCCCGGCCCACUGCUCACCCAGGAAGAAGCCAAGGAAGAAACAGAAGAGGAAGGAGAAGAAAGAGGAGCAGAGGGAGACAGGGAAGCAGAGACAGAGACGUAGAGUACCUUCUGGUGUCCCUGAGCAGGAGACCCAGACUGGCAGUUCUCCUCAACUGAUCCAGACCCAGGAGGACGCUUCAGAGCCCCUAAGUAACAUCAGCACUUCCUACAGUAGCAGUAUCCCGAGUUUAGAGGCUCAUGACACAAGACGCCCCCCUUACCCCCUCCAGGGCUGCAACAGGGGCCCCAGCCAUUCCCACCCCUGCUGGGGCCCCCAGGUGUUUAGCCCCUCCUGCAACCUCUCCACCUAUGGGCAGGAGAGUGACUCGGACUCUCCUCUCAGCAGUGUGGGAGACUGUUCGUUGGCCCUAGCAGGGCUCAGGGGCAGUGUCAGUCUGGAGGACCGAUGCUACGCAGGUCCCUUCUGCAAAGACGUGGAAAGGGAUGUCAGGGAGAAGGAGGGAGACGUCUCAGAGACUGACACCAACGAGGGCCUGAUCUUCAAUGAGAAUAUUCAGCCUGUGAAUUAUGAGUACAGGGAGGGGAAGGACUACAGCCUCUGCAAGUCUAUCAACACAGGGUCAUACGGGGAAGUGCACAGUGUGCAAGACAACAGAACACACUUCAGAUUUGGCGCCAAAAAGAUUCUCCUGAAGAGUUUUAGUAGUGAGGAAGUGGGUACGUGGAGUGCCCUGAAGUCUCCUCGCGUGGUGGAACUCUUCGGAGUGAUCAGAGAGGGGCCCUACGUUGUCCUCUUCAUGGACCUCAAAGCUGGCUCUGUGGGUCAGCUUAUUAAAGAGAGGGGUCGGCUACCUGAGGACCUGGCCCUACACUACCACUGUCAGGUUCUGGGGGCGCUGGAACACCUGCUGAAGAGACGAGUGCUGCAUCUGGACAUAAAGGCGGACAAUGUGUUGCUGUCAGAGGAUGGGAGGGACACUUUUCUGUGUGACUUUGGACACUCGGAGAGAAUGGACAUUGGUGGACAGAGCCUAAGUGCAUCCCAAGGAGAUCUGAAGGGGACAGAGACACACAUGGCCCCGGAGAUUGUGAAAGGGGAAAUCCGCGGAGCCAAAGCAGACGUGUGGAGCAGCUGCUGCAUGUUACUGCACAUGCUCAAUGGCUGCCAGCCCUGGACACGAUACUACUCCCGCCCACUGUACUUCAAGAUAGCCAAUGAACCACCGCCUCUGAGGGAGAUCCCGCCCGAUUGCAGUCCCUUCACUGCUGAUGUCAUAAAGGUGGGACUACAGAAGGAGCCAACCAAGAGGGCCUCCGCCUCGGAGCUCAAGGGAAGAGCAGCCAGAGCUCUGAGAGAAGUGGGAGGACUCAGCAGCCCCAUCAGAGGGUCCUAUAAGGAGCACCUACAGAUAGAUGACAGCCCCGGCCAGUCUAGCCAGCCCUGGCCUCCCUUCAGCAGAGACACCUGCUCUGAGGAGAACCAUAAGCUAUUGCUGGAAUCCAUGAACCCAGGGAGCAGGGAGCUGAACAAUGAUGAGGAGGAGGAAGGCAGUGAGGCAGACACAGAGGAGACAACCUCACCUCCAGACUCACCUCGCUCUCUACUGUCACAACUCCAUGAAUGGCAAAAUCCCAAGAUGGCCGACGUCACCUCCAACGUGUCUGAGCUUGAACUGCGCAAACUGGAGAGAGAGUUCUACCUGACCAGUCUGUCUCAGCUGCACUCAGCAGAAACCCAGGAGCAGCUACUGUCCUGCCUGAGCAGCAGUGAAUGUUACUCCAACAGGGACUUAUGGGACAGAAAGGACUCUGGCCGUUGGUCCAUCAGCCCAGGUGAUGACCUCAGCUCUGGCGUGUUCUCCUACAACAGCCAACCUGACGGACAGAUUCUCAGUAUGGACUGGCUGGUUCACCAAAGCCACCUGUCUCCACCCCGAUGCUUUGAGGGAGUGGACGUCUGCAUCACGGACGUAAAUGGGCAAAGCAUCCGGAUCCGAGAGAAACGCAGGGUGAAGGUGGGCCACAUUGCCACGGGGAUCAGCAACCAGAUCUCUGAGAAGGUGUUCACCAUGGAGACUCAGGAGCGGGAGCCAGUGGCCCAUGAUGAGGAGGUGCAGGACUCUGGCCUCCUGCUCCACUGUGUCCCUGCUCCUGACUACAGCCAGGCCUGGAGAUGGAGGGUCAAGGAGGGGGUGCUGGAGACUCGUGGCUGAGCCAUCAACUCCCCCCAUUCAUCAGUAGCAGUCUCAUCAAGCAUCAGGACUGUAGACUCACUCCUGUAUGCCUGUCUCAGUCUAUCCUGCUUUUUAUCAAACUGUGUGUUAUGCAUAAUCCUCUUUAGGAUCGUACCCUUUUUUUCAAUUUUUGCCUAAAAUGACAACCCAAAUCUAACUGCCUGUUGCUCAGGACCUGAAGCAAAAAUAUGCAUAUUCUUGACACCAUUUGAAAGGAAACACUUUGAAGUUUGUGGAAAUGUCAAAUUAAUGUAGGAGAAUAUUAACGGCAGGGAUUCAACCUUUAGAACCCAAUUCCUACAUUUGAAUAUAAAAAUAGAUUUUAUCAAACAAAACUAUGCUACAUUUUAUCUCUGGGACCCUCAGGAUGACAAAUCAGAGCAAUAUUACUGAAUGUAAGUACAUUAUUUACCUUCAGAGGUGAAUGUAUCAAACCAAGUGCCGUGAUCAUUUUUUUGUUGUGCACUCAAACAAUAAAUUAUAUUUUUUUCACUGUAAUAGCUACUGUAAAUUGGACAGUGCAGUUAGAUUAACAAGAAUUUAAGCUUUCUGCACAUAUAAGACAUGUGUAUGUCCUGGAAAUGUUACUUACGUAAUUCUAGUCACAUUAGCAACAAUCGUCCCAGUAUAGGGACACCGAUCCCGUAGAGGAUAAAGGGACAAAUGUCAUGGGUUUCUUAUAAAUGGAUAUCUCUGUAAAUUACAGGAGCACACACAUGUGGUGUUUGUGUUCUCUUUAGAGACAAUGGUUAAUGUGAAUAAGCUACAACUGCCUUUUCUCAAAGUAAGGUAUGGAAAGUCCAACAGUGCUAUAGACCUAGCAUAAUUCUAUACAGCUGUCCAAAAAUGACAGACCUUUUCUGUACUUAGCUAGAGCACACCCAACAACAGCACUGAGCCAAUAGGAUGUUAACAUCUCAACCCUGUGUACCUUACAGUAACAUGGAAUCAUGUCAUGAAAUAAAAGCUCUACUCUGGAGAAUUUCAUAUCCAUUUGUUGAUAAAUAGAAAAGAUUCAAUCCAACUACUGCAUUACUACUAGACACUCUGGAUUUGCUUCCAGUUGAGAACUUGUGUAUAAGCAGGCAAUAGUUUUAAAUUCAUCUCAUUCACACCCCACAAUCUUUCCCCAAAUAUGUCACAGUUUAAUAAGGAUCGCAAUCCAUAAAAUGUUUUUAUUUUAUGUUCAUAUUACAACAUACAAAAACAAACUGUCAUUGCAAAAAGAUUGUUUCAAGGGACAAGAGUUUUACAAAAGAUAUAUAGAAAAAGUGAAAAAAUUUGAACAAUAUCAAAGCAAUUUAUUGUACAAAUGAAAAAAGGACAAAGGCACUGACAACUUAAAAGAAAUAAGAAAAAGUUCCCUUAUUUGUUAACACAUUAACAAGGUGUAUAAAAAGAGCAUUUGAUUGUGAAGGAUUAUGGUAUAGUCUACUUUUAAAUAGCCCACCAUAGAAUACAGUACUUUGAACACUAUGCUGAGAGAGAGGUAAAUGUCUGAGAGAAGGACAGUGCUGUGUGUGUGCGCAGUAGAAUUGCGCACACACACACACACACACGUACCUGGAACAUCUGUUGAUCCUAUGAUCACACGUAGAUGCUCACAGACACACACCCCAAAAUGCAUACUCUAGCAAAGAGAUACCAUGAAGACGGCUGGGGAGAAUGAUCAGAUAGGAAAAAGGAGAGACUCAAUGGGAGAAGUGCAACAGAAAUAAAGCACAGCAGGAAAGCAUAGGAGAUUCUCAUGCCUAACCUGAGGGGGGGAAAUGAUUUAAUGUCAUCAGUUCAUGUCAUAAGACUUAAGCAACAAAAUGUCAUGCAGCGACUUGUUUGUUUGUAAGAAAUAAAAAAAUAAAUUAAUUAAAAGAUGUGCCCUG